AUGCCUCUCUGCGGCGGAUCCAAGACGGUGCAGCGCAAGCUGGUUCUUCUGGGCGAUGGUGCUAGCGGAAAGACGUCGCUGCUCAACGUCUUCACAAGAGGUUACUUUCCGACCGUCUACGAACCCACCGUCUUCGAAAACUACGUUCACGACAUCUUCGUCGACAACGUCCACAUCGAACUCUCACUCUGGGAUACGGCUGGGCAGGAGGAAUUCGACCGACUACGAUCUCUCUCUUACGAUGACACCGAUUUGAUCGUGCUCUGCUACUCGGUCGAUAGCAAAGACUCGCUGGAAAACGUCGAAUCCAAAUGGGUCGGUGAGAUUGCCGACAACUGCCCCGGCGUCAAGCUGGUCCUGGUCGCCCUGAAAUGCGAUCUGCGCCAGCAGGAGGAGGAGGAGCCCGAAGAGGGCGCAGCAGCCGACGGCAACCCUCCGCGCGAGAAGCCCCCCACCAUUUCCUACGACGAGGGCCUCGAAGUCGCCAAGCGAAUAGGCGCAUCCCGAUACCUCGAGUGCUCGGCCAUGAAGAACCGCGGAGUCAACGAGGCCUUCACAGAGGCCGCCCGUGUGGCGCUGAGCGUCAAGAAGGAGAGGGAAGACAACAAAUGCACAAUCAUGUAA